AUGUCUUUCUCUUUUCUCCCUAUUGCUUUAUUCUUGGCUUUCAUCGGCGGUUACGCAGAGGAACUUUCUCGGGCGCAAAGAGUAUCCUUUGGCGAACAGAAGACACGAAAUGCUCAGGUGGUCGUCGCUAAUUAUUCUGAAGCGGAGAUGCUUGGCUUCAAGAUCCAGCACCAAGUGCACAGCCAAGCCGACCUAUUCGUCCAGCAGCUAGAAGGAAAGUUGCAACUCGUGAAGAAUGAGAUGAUAUCACUUGAGAAUCGCGACCUGGCCAAUCUCGAUAUCUUUACUUCUUACGCCAGUGUUGUCGCCGACGGCACAGAGAAGAACGCCGCGUCCUCAUUGUUUGUGAGCAGACAGGAUCCGGCCAUAACGAUUGCACUGGAUUCCGAAGGCAACUUGAGGGAAGCCGUACGCCUUAACCCUGAAAUCGGUGAAGCAAUAUCCAUUUCACGCAUUGAUUCCCGAAAGGCGGAUCGAUUUGUUACGAUCACUGCGGAAGACUUCGAUCAAGACAAACUUGCUAGUUUUGAAGUAGAAGACAGAGUAGCUCCAUUAGCACGUCAACUCAGAAGCUCACACAAGAGCGGAACAAGCAGAGAGAGGUCUCUCCAAGCCAUCGGUGCCUGCUCCGAAUACGGUUUUGACGUAAUCGAAGUUGCUGUUGUGGUGGAUUCCCUUCUCUGUGCUGCUGUAGGUGGAACUGAAGGAGCUGCUUCCACCGCUGCACAGUCUGUCAUUGCAGGCGCCAGCCAGUUCUACGAGGUUGACGGACUUUGCAAGAAACUCCGCAUUUCGUAUUUGGAAAUUCACUGCAAUGCUGGUACCAAUCCUAUCGCUCCUUUGCUUCAACAAGCAGGAAACUCUGACAUUUGUAAUACCGACGCAAAUGGUUUAUUGCAGAACUUUAUAUGCUACACGGUAGAUCAAGGUAUUGCCGCGGACUUGAACCUUCUGUUCCACGGCAAGUUCUUUACUAUUCUGGAGUCAAUCAGAUCAACUUUACAACCGAUCCCGUGUCCCGGGCCAAAUUGGUCGCUCACAAGGUGGGCCAUAUCCUAA